UAUGUUACGCUAAAUAAUAUUACACGUUUAAAAUUCAUGAACCAAUAUUGUCAAAGAACUGAUAAACAUUUAAAACGAAUUAAUUAAAUAAAAUUGGAAAUAGUUGUAAUAUUCGAGAUGUACGUGAACACACCGGGGGAGGGAUCCAAGAUGGUGAAAUUCGGACUUCAAUUCAAAGCUACUCUAGAGAAUGUCACCAACGUGAGGCCGUUGGGUGACGACUUCCGCUGGUUUUUGAAGCUGAAGUGUGGUAACUGUGGAGAGAUCCCAGAGAAAUGGCAGUAUGUUACCCUGGUGGAAAGUGUUCCACUGAAAGGAGGAAGAGGCAGCGCCAGCAUGGUGCAAAAGUGUAAACUCUGUGCCAGAGAAAAUUCAAUUGAUAUUCUGGGGGACACGAUCACACCUUAUAAUGCAGAAAACAGUGAAACCUUCAAAACGAUGGUGCAGUUUGAGUGUAGAGGGCUGGAGCCUGUUGACUUUCAGCCACAGGCUGGUUUUGCUGCAGAGGGAGCAGAGACUGGAACACAAUUUCCUGAAAUUAACCUUCAAGAAAAUGACUGGACAGACUAUGAUGAAAAAGCCAAGGAGUCUGUUGGAAUAUAUGAAGUCUCUCACAAGUUCGUCAAGUGCUGAUAUCGUCUAACAACAAGGACUAACAACAGAGCUUAUCUUUACACACAAUCUGGAUCCAGACAACAAACUCCAAAGACAUUUUUCACUGUUUAAUAAAAAGGAGAUUGACGGAGA